AUGGCAGGCCCUAAGUUUAUGGAUCUCCCCGCGGAGAUUCAGAUCAAAAUCAUCCAGUUGGCGAUUCCUCCAAUGAUCCUACCAGAAUAUCUCUUCGCGGACGGAAAGAUAGGGAUCAGCAACGAGCGCGACGCAACCCGCGCUAUCAUGGCAACAUGCCACACAUUCCGAAACCUCCUUCUCAAGGCCCGACCCCUUACCGGCCACAACUCUGCUGGUCAGGAAUUUACCUUUGACUGUGAACGUGACGCGCUUUUGGUCAUGGGUACGAACCUUCCCGGCUUUCUCAAAACCCCCCGGAUCCCCAACCUUCAUGCCGUUCGUCGGCUCGUGACCCUUCACCCUUUCCCAAUUGGGUGGGCUUCAUAUACACCCAUGCAGAGAAGACUUCUACGUUCCUGGCAGCCAUGGGCUAUCAAUGUAAUGGGUCAUCACCCACGCUAUACUGCUUAUGAGGAGAAUCUACCUUUCGAAACAAGUUUUCCCAUCGCCCAAGAGUUAGGAUCUCUUCAUGAGAUGGAUGUUGUGGUCAAGACCGCUCCUGGCUGGCACAUAUCAUCGUUCCAACAACAUGGCCCCCAGCCGGAGCAUCGACGUGCUGACCCAGUGUCGGGAGACCUCAACCAUCCUGUUCAUCAUACAGGAAUCCGCUGGAUUCAUCCUCGGUUGGAUGACUACGUCAACAUCGACGAGGUCCCGAUGAUUGGCCUGCACGGCUACAGCAAGACUCGCCGUGACUGGCGCAACCAGCGCAUCCAGGAAUUUUCUCAAGGCGGACAAUGGGCGGGCUUUCGUGUUUACCUCGAGUCCGAGGAGGUUGAAUUCCGACCACUUACUUGGGAUGAAGUUCAGCCUAUGAUCCAUCGACGACAGCAGCCGCAAAAUGGACGCCAACUUCUGGAGAACCAGGACCCAGAAUUCGUGUCCCGGGUUUAG